GACAAGGGAGGGUAUAUGUGUCAGAUUAAUACAGAUCCAAUGAAAAGUCAGACCGGUUACCUAGAAGUUGUCGUUCCACCGGAUAUUGUGGAUUACGAAACCAGCACAGACAUGGUGGUGCGAGAAGGUAGCAAUGUAACUUUACGUUGUGCUGCAACAGGAUCACCGAAACCUACCAUCGUUUGGCGACGUGAGGAUGGCCAGCCAAUAUUUCUGGGCAAAAGGGAAAAUGUUACAGCUGUCGAUGGACCAAAUUUUAAUAUCACUAAAGUGAGUCGAGUGCAUAUGGGAGCAUACCUUUGCAUUGCAUCCAAUCAAGUUCCACCGUCAGUUAGUAAACGAAUUAUGCUGAUUGUUCAUUUUCCGCCCGUAAUUUUGGUACCAAAUCAGUUAGUUGGUGUUCAGGAAGGACAACAACUGACUUUGGAAUGCCACUCGGAAGCUUACCCCGAAUCCAUUAAUUAUUGGACAAAGGAUAAACAUGAAAUCGUUCCACAAGGAGGGAAGUACGAACCCAUACGAAGGGAGAACGCAUACACAGUUUACAUGAAGCUAACUAUAAAUUCCGUCGGCCCAUCGGAUUUUGGAUCAUAUAAAUGUGUUUCCAUGAACUCAUUAGGGGACACAGAUGGCAGCAUCAAAGUUUACCCGAUAACAUCAAGCUCAAAUUCCAGUUCUAGCAACACAAGACAUAAAGGAAAAUUGCGGCAUAAUUCAAGUAACGACGUUUUCGACGGAAAUCAAGAUAUGCUGAAAGAGCGUGAUUUGAAAUUUCGAGGUCGCAAAGGAACCAAUGGGAACGAAGCCGACGAUUACGACGAUUCUGGAGUAAUGACGAUAGAGAACUCUUUAACGCUGAUUUUUUUUUUAGUCACCUAUACUAUUUACCUCCAGCACCAUCCGCAGUUAAGAACUCUCCAUCCGGCUUGA